AUGGCACGUCAAAAUUUUAUUGGGUUUGUGGUUUCACAAGGUAAAAUGAUGAAAACUGUCAAAGUUCGUGUGGAAACAAAAGUCUUCAAUAAACGAAUUAACAAAGAUUUGCUACACAGAAAAGAUUACCUUGUCCAUGAUGAAGGCGAGAUAUCCCGUGAAGGGGAUCUGGUUCGUAUUGAAUCAACAAGACCUCUUUCCAAGAAGAAAUUUUUCGCCAUUGCUGAGAUUAUUAGAAAUAAAGGUCAACAAUUUGCAUUGUAUGAAGAAGUGGCAAAGAAAAAUGUACUUCUAGAAGAGAGUCAAAAGGCUAAAGAGUUUCUUGACAGACGUUCUACUAGAGAAAGUAAUAAGGAUUCUGCAUUGCUGUCUGAUAUUCGUAUUAUACAAAACGCGUUAUCUAAAACUCCUGAAGAGCAAUCACAAGAUAAACAAUUAUUAGAAGUUAAAGAGAAAUAUGGCAUCACUGAUUUUACUCCAGAAGUGGCUACUAGUUUGUUGAACUUAGAUAUAAUGAAAAUGGAAGAUGAAUUGACUAAACAAAGAAAUAAUAUUCAACAAGUACAAACUUUGAUCAACACUUUAAUGGCAGACGAGAGAAAAGGAUCAGAAUAUUUAUUGAAGCAUGGUGUUAAGGAUCCUCAUCUAUUAAAGAAGAAUAUCAAAAAAAAUAUAAUAAGGAAAUAUGCGUUACAAGAUUUAGAGGCAGGUUCUCAAGAGCUAAUACAUCCACCAAUAUAA